UUUUUUGAUCAAAAAAUGUUUAAAUUAUUUAAUUAUUUUCUACUACUUUAUUUAAUUAAUUCAAUUUCUUCUACAAAUUUAACUCACUUUAGUGAAACUCAAAUUUGGGGAUUUCUUCGUUCCGUGCCUCGACAUAAACUUCAAACAAAAUGUGCUUUAAGUUUAGACAGAGUAGAACGGUUUUUAACAGAUUUGAGAACUUUGGAAGAACAAAGAUUGUUUUUUUCUGAAUCUUUUAGCAUUGGGGAUUAUCAACAAUUUAUAAGUAGAGAUCAAGACAGAUGGCUUUACAAUGCUUUUAUGUGUAUAAAAGCAGCCGGAGAAAGUAGUUAUAGUGCUUCUGAAUAUCCUUUACAUUAUUGUUAUGGAAAUGAUAUACCUUUUGAUAAAAAUUUACGUAAAACUUCCUAUGGAAUGUGUAUUCCAAGUACUUGUAGUGAUGAAAAUGACCGAAUGGAGUUAUUAAUUGAAUGGCAAAAGAUUGCUAAUCCUUAUAAAGAAAUAAAUAACAAUUCUUUUGUGGAAUUUGGGGAUUGUACAAAAUCUAGACACGAAAAACAAUGGUGGGAACAGUCUAUACCUUUGGUUCAUUUUGGUUCUGAUAUAUUUCUAGUAGCAAUUGUUGGGAUAGCUACAGCAAUACAUUGCCGUAGAGGAGAUGUUAAUCAACAAAGAAAACAAAUGGACGAAAAUGAAGUUGGAAAUAAAAAACAGAAGUUGGCAUUAGAAUUACUUUUAUGUUUUUCUGCUAAAAAGAAUUUUCAAAAACUUGUUCAAAUGCCAAAAGAAAGAAUGAGUACAAUAACUUGUUUUUUUGGUUUACGUUUUGGGGCAAUGUGUUGGACACUUGUUGGGCAUUCUUUUAUUUUUGUACAGGCAUUCUUAAGUAAUGUUGAUGAAUUGAAGAAUGAAUUGGUUGAUCAUUUUUGGAAUCAAUGGAUAACUAAUUUUACUCUUUCUGUGGAUGUAUUUCUUGUACUUUCUGGUACUUUAACUGCUUAUAGUUGGUUUAAACGUUGGCAAAAAGGAGGAGGAGAAGUCACAGAAAUUCCAAGUUGGACUUCUUGGGGUUAUUGGCUUCGUUUUUAUCGUCACAGAGUUGUGCGUCUAUGGCCAGCUUAUAUAUUUACUUUAAUUGCUGUAACUGUUCGUGUUAGUAUCACUCAUUACCAUCCAAUGUGGCCACCAACAGAUCCAGCAGUUCAAUGCCCUAAACACUGGAUAGAAAAUGUUCUUUUUAUUAAUUCUUUAACUGAUAAUCGUUGUAUGCCUUGGACUUGGUAUAUUGGAACAGAAUUUCUUUUUUAUUUACUUUCUCCAAUAUUUUUGCUUUCACUUUUACAAUGUCCGAAAGCAGGGAUUUUACUUUGUUUUGCAAUUUCUUGUCUUUCUUCAAUACUUAAUGUUGUCACAAUGAUUAGAUAUAAUUUUCCUCCAACACAAAUGCUAUGGAAACAGCCAAAUAUUUUCUCUCCAGAUUUUAUUUUGCAUCAUUUAGUUAUUUAUAUCAAACCUUGGUAUAGAAUUGGGCCUUAUCUUGUUGGAAUUGUUUUGGGUUAUAUUUUGGCGCGUCCAUGAACGCGCAUGAAAGCCUGCGGCUUUAAAACUGUGCUAGGUUUAUUAUUUGCUUGGAGAUUUACGUAUCAUUUGAAGUCUUUUGAAAUUAGAAGGCCACCAUUCUUUUUAGAUGAGCGUCGAUUCGGUCCCGUCGAUUCGGAAUUUACCAUUAUUCCACUAGGUCACUUCGGGCCUUCG